GACGGCGUUGAGUCAUUCGUUGUAAGUUGGUCAAGUACGACUUUGCGUCACCGCGAUACUCGGUGAUUCUCGUUCGGGGAACGAUUUUCAAAGGUUUUUGGCGAACGACGCGGAAGCGAAAAUUGCGCGGCUCACGGCGUACCGCGUUGACCUAGGUUCGGGUCGUUUUACGUCCGGAGACCGAUACGUAGCCGGGGAUGUUUGUAGCGCUGUGCCACGGUUGCGCGCGUCUCGUUGUCUCUCCUCUUUGACUUUAUCGAGUGGAACUACGACGACGACGACGACGACGACGACGACGACGAGGAGGAGGACGACGACGCAGAGCGGGGCAGGUGAGUCGAAUGGCGCCGAGCGUGCGGUCAGCUUCUCGCCGCCCUCGUCCUCGUCCUCGUCGGCGGUGACCCUCGUUCGCAUUCGAAUAUUAUCCCUGGAUUCGAGUCAACGAAUCGAUCGUUGCGUCCAAGACGAUCUUCCGGAGGAGAGAUCGACCGUCAGCGAAAAAGAAGACAGCGAAACGACCGCGCGCGAUUAUCACGGUUCGCACGGAAGUUUGCUGUGGAUUAUCAUUCGAUUGGCAAAAAUCGUGCUUAAUCAUACCAUCGGUUGAUCGGCGAGAGUCGUCGGGUUACGGGGGGUGGGGGGGAAGGGGAGCCGGAACCAGGCGCCUGUCAAAGUGACAGUUCUCCCCCUUUGGCGGCCGAGGGAACCGUCCCGGAAGCAGGCUCCCGCUGAGGAAACCUUACGCUCUGCGUGACGAUCGUGCGACCCGACCGAUAUUCGAUAACAACGCGGUCGAAGAUCUCGGGGUCCGCGUUCCGCCCCACCUGACGACAACAAUCGCGCUCCGAGAAUGGCGUCGGGGUUCGGUGGACAGCGAGGUCUCGACGACGGUUCCUUUCCGCCGAACCGGGGCGGAAACCGAGCGACGCUCAAGCGACCGCUCAACUCGUCGAACGUCCUUCACGGCAUAGGCGGCACCCUGGAGGACAAGAGCAACGACUACCUGUGCCCCAUAUGCUUCGAGGUGAUCGACGAGGCUCACAUCACCCGUUGCGGUCACACGUUCUGCUACCGUUGCAUAGUGAGAUCGUUGGAGGUGAACUCGCGUUGCCCGAAGUGCACGUUCGCCCUCGGUCAGCAGGACGUAUUCCCGAAUUUCCUGCUGAACGAACUGGUGGCCAAGUACAAGACGAGGAUGAGGGGGAUCGCCGAGCUCCGACGGGGCCGCGGGGACGCCUGGGGGACGAUCGACGCCGAGGAGGGUUCGGGGGCCGCGUCGGGCGCCGCUCUCGCCCCUUCGAACGACGGUCUCAGGGAUUUCGUGGCGGCCGAGAGCGCCAAUCUGACGCUAUCCGACGUAAACGUGAUGCUGGGCGUACUCAACCAGAAGAAACUACUCCUGGAGGCCGAGUCGUGCGCCUCGCAGAACAAACUCCUUCACGAGUUUCUGAAACACUUGCUCCGCCGUAAGGAGGAACAGCGCAACCAGCUGAACAAAGAGGUGGCGCUGAUAAAACGCGACAUGACCGAGGUCGAAGGUAUCCUCAAACGUAUACAGAGCAAGUGUCCCAAGGUGGAGGACCUCAAUCUGUCGAUGGAGAACGACACCGCGCAGGUGUCAGCCAUCAAGAAGGACAUGAUAAACCUCCUCGGUAUGAUCGACUCCACGAUCGUCGGGCCCGACGAGCCCGACCUGGCCGCCGCCGCCGGCGUCGCCGACGGAGACGACGGCGCCGAGGGCUUUUCCGUCGGUCCUCGCGCCCCCGUCGCCAACUCCUCGUCGGGCUCCACCCUCGCCUCCAGGAGAAAACGGAUGCACGCUCACUUCGACGAUUUCGUCAAGUGUUACUUCGACUCGAGGGCGAAGGAGCUCCACUUCGGCCGCGACAAGGCGCAGCGGCAGACGGACGCCGCCCACUCCUCGUCCUCCGGGCUGACGGUGUUCAGGGAGAACCUGAUAAAGUUCUCGAGGUACAGCUCCCUCCGCCAACUGGCCACGCUCAACUACUCGUCGGACAUAUUCAACAGUUCGACGAUAGUGUCGAGCAUAGAGUUCGACAAGGACAGCGAUUUCUUCGCCAUCGCCGGUGUCACCAAGAGGAUAAAGGUGUUCGAUUACGGUGCGGUGAUACGCGACGCCGUCGACAUCCACUACCCCUGCGUCGAGAUGGUAUCCAGCUCGAAGAUAUCCUGCAUAUCGUGGAACUCCUACCACAAGGGUCUCCUGGCCUCCUCGGACUACGAGGGGACGGUGACCGUUUGGGACGCCGGUACCGGUCAGAGGACGAAGGCCUUCCAGGAGCACGAGAAACGAUGCUGGUCCGUCGACUUCAACGACGUGGACACGCGCCUCAUAGCCUCGGGCUCGGACGACGCGAGGGUAAAACUCUGGUCACUGAACGUCGAUCACUCGGUGGCCUCGCUCGAGGCUAAGGCGAACGUUUGUUGCGUUAAAUUCAACCCCAGGAGUUCGUGUCACUUGGCGUUCGGUUCGGCCGAUCAUUGCGUCCACUACUACGACUUGAGGAACAUGAAGGACGCCCUCUGCGUGUUCAAGGGUCACCGCAAGGCGGUCUCUUACGUGAAGUUCGUAAACGGGGAGAAUAUCGUCUCGGCCAGCACCGACUCGCAGCUGAAAAUGUGGAACGUCAACGACUCCCACUGCCUGCGUUCGUUCGUCGGUCACGUGAACGAGAAGAAUUUCGUUGGACUCGCAACGGACGGGGAUUACGUCGCUUGCGGUUCGGAGAACAACGCCCUUUACGUUUACUACAAGGGACUCUCGAAGCAACUGUUCUCCUACAAAUUCGACGCCGCCCGCAGCGUGCUGGAACUCCAGGAGCGAAAGGAGGAGGAAAUCAACGAAUUCGUGUCGGCCGUGUGCUGGAGACAAAUGUCGAACGUCGUGGUUGCCGCCAAUUCGCAGGGGAUCAUAAAAAUCCUCGAACUCGUCUGACCGGAUUGAGUGGAGCGGCGGCGGCGGCGGCGGCGGCGGCGGGGGAGGUAACCUUCGCUCCACCCGUUCCUCGGGGUGUCCGUCGGGGCCGGAAGCUCGAAGAAUGUCGACGCGGGGGUGCGCGGAUGGUAGAACUUUUCCGUUGAGUCGCGAGUUUGGAACACCGGAGCUUUUUUCGCGAAGGGUCGAAUACGGAGGGAUCGUCGAUCGGAAAUAAGGUAUCCACACAGAGCCUCGGGUCGUUUUCUCGGCCGGACUUCCUGAGAACUUCGGUUCUCUUCGCCUUGCGGAAAUGAAAAAGAAAAAAAAACAAAAAAGACGCAUAAGAAUCGCCACUUUUUUUUUUCUUGCAGCUCGAUUUAUUUUCCGGAACUCUACGAACCCCGGCUGACCAUCGUUCGCGAUACGUCACAGGUGGCUAAAUGUAUGAUGUGUGUAUAUAAAAUUCUCGUCGAUAUUCCCCUCCCCCUUUCGGUAGGACUGAGGGAAGACGAUGAACUUGUAAAAAAAAAAAUUCGAGCGCAAAAUACGAGCAGCUCUAUUGUAAAUUACUUAAAUUUUUUUUUUUUUGACUUUCCAAGACAUUGCUGCGAAUCAAUAAAAAAAAAAAAAACUUCCACGCG